AUGAAUCGUAAGCCUCAACGAGGAAAAGGCCGUGGCCGUGGUCGCGGGUCUAUUCGUAAUCAAAAUCAAAAUAACACUUUUUUGCAAGGUCAAGAUGAACGGGGUUUAUAUGCUGUUAAUUUACGUAUAUCACCUGUUACUCAUGGUAUCCUUAUUCAACAUUGUAAAUGGUUAACGUCCACAUUAGUCGGUAUAAACGCUUUUAAUCAUUAUUUUAAAUUAUUAGAACCCCUAAACGGUGAGACAUUUCCAGAUGUGUGGGAUGGUUAUUAUCAUAUAACAUUAGGAAAAUUCAGAUUCCCUGUAAAAGAACAUUAUGAAUUGCAAAAAAUGGAAGAAGACUUGAGAAAUGCUCUCAAUGAACUGGAAAAACAAAUAAAAAUUCAGGAAUGGCUACCCCAAACAUUUAUUGCUGAUGAACUUGAAAUUCAUUCGGGUGACAAUCGUAUUGAUGAUAUGGAAGGAAUUGACUUUGUUGUUUUGAAAGUUAACUGUGUAUCAACUGAUUUUCAAGAAAAAGUAAGACGUAUAAUGAACAAACUGCUAGAUACUAUUGUUGCUAAGGGAUGUAAAUGGGAAUCGGGAUUGACCAUUGAUAAUUAUAUUAAUCGUUUACAUGUUACUAUAAGAAAAUAUUCAGGAGAAAAUUCAUACUGGUCGAAAGAGCAAGUAGAAGCUAAAGCAUCUGAAUUAAAAUCACUAGUUAGGAAGAAUCCCAUUAAAUUUGAAUGUAAUGCGCUCGAUAUAGUUCAAGCUAGGCAACAAGGUAUUACAAGACGUCGAUUACAAGAUAAGAACUAUGAAUGGUGGUCUGGUGUAACUGAGUUAAUGGAAAAGGAUAGACAAAGUAAAACAAAAGGCAAGAAGGAUGAGAAUGAACCUAUGAUUUGUAGUGGUUGCGAUUAUAAUUUGACAAAAAAAUGGGAUGGAUAUUGUGUAAACUGUGCAAACUAUGAAAUAAAUAAACCGAUAUGGUCGACUGACAAACAACCUUUAACAUCAGCCUUAAAACCUUUUGUUUCAACACCUCUUGCUAUUCCAAAAAAGCUUGAACCUAGAACGUUGAAUAGACCACGUAGACAUUUAUCACUUGAUUUUAUCGUGCCUCUAUCAAAUGAAGAAGACUGGGAACUAGAAAAAAAGUGUAUUGACUCUAUUGUAGCUGUUGACGAACAAGAAGACUUAAGUGAUUAG